AUGUCUCAUUCUCCCAUUUCUCCUUCUCUCUCUUUCAUAGGGUCUGCUACUACAAGCCGUUUGGGGGCAGGUGGUGAGAUCCUCGGAGCAGAAUUGCCUUCCCUCGCAGGACCCCUUCAUGUACGCCACCUGCGGGGGGACAGAGAGACUUUCCCUCCCCCUAAGAGGUCAUCACCACCUCUUAGCGCUGCCCAGAAAGAGUCGCCUGGGAUUACGCGUCCACGAUCCAAUAGUCAUUCAGGUGCCUUUGUCCGAGCUAACGCUCCUCGGCAGCGACGACUAUCAGAGACUUCAUCCCGCCUAGCGCAUAUCACAGGUCAAUGUGGUCUUCGCAGGGCCGUUACGAACAUUGUUCUGGAUCGUCUGGAGAAGGGUGGAGUGGAUACCCAGAACAUAGACCCCGUUUUGUUGAAUCACUGCCUUCCGAAUGAUUCAAACAACAUCUCUUGGGAGACAAUCAUACAUACGCCGAUUCAAGUUCCGGACCACAUUUUGUCAAAAGCCCUCAACCUACGACUUGCGACAAACAGAGAGCUCCCCGAGAAAGAAGACCGAACAGUCAUCUUAUAUGUGAGGUCCUUCCAAUUGACCGUGAAACAGCUUUUGGAUGUUAUUGCGCAGUUCAAUGAUGCUGGGCUUGAGACCGCCACCACCGCAGCUUACGUGUAUAUCCGAUACGUGGGGAGGACGGAAAGGUCUGCUCUUUUACGUCACAGACAUGAUCUCACUUUUCAGUCAAUCAAAGUUGCAUUCAUAUCAAAAUUCCUCCAAGCUUUGGGGAGAACCCAUCCAUUGGUGGUUGAUGCAGUGAUGAUAUAUGAGCUUCCAGGGGUAUGUUUGCGACAAUUUAGUGAGCAAAAAGAGCAAGCCCUCAUUGCACUCCUCGAUCUAUCGUCUCUGGUGAACCAAAGAAUCUGUGAAGCCCCUCAGUGGACAUUCACACCAAUUGAGUCUCACCGAAGAGCCUUUAUCGACCUGGGAACCAAUACCCAUUCUUACCUGAGCUCCUUGGAUUUCCAACUGAUGGAAGAUUGCGAGCCGAUCUCAACCUGGGCAAUGAAGAUCCAGGAGUAUACCAAAUUGCACAAGCUUUCAGUUUGUCGUUCUGACAGACAGGUGUUAGAGUUCCCAGAUGCGCUCCGUACGGCCAUUUUUCGACAAGCCCGGCCCUCGCUCUUUCGUGGAAAAUUUGUUUUGUUCUUGACUCUUGGCGCUGAGAUGAGUCUCAAGGCAUGGAGAAACACCGAAGGCUUCUACUCUGGAACAAGCAACUCGGCUACGCUAAUCAAAAACUACUUGAAAAGGCUUUGGUGUUGGGAGAAAGGCGAGCCACUUUCUGACCAGCACUUGAACUUGUUGAUCUCAGGGGGCACACUUCCUUUUAUCAAUCUUUCUCCGUGGUUGAAAGCCGAAGGAAAAGAUCUCCAAGAGGCAGUAAGAUUUGCAAAGAUUUAUACAAUCUUGACCAAGCCCAUGAUAAUUCUCACGCUGGGGGUCAAGCCUUCUUCAAGUGCGGCCUCUGGUUUCAAUCACUCAUUCGCCUACCCUGCAUCCCAGAAGUUUGAGGCAAAGGUUGGGCAGCUAGAAGUGAUUGACUGCGAUGGAGUCUGUUUCAUCCAAAUUCCAUGCUUUCACCCAGGUAAAGCAAAAUUCUGUCGUAACCCUGAGACCUUUAGCAAGAUAUUUGAUAUGACGCUUUGGGUUCUUCUCUUCGCUAUCAAGAUUUGUCUCGAUUCAGAAAAGACCUUUGAAUCUCAACCGCGCGAAGCCUGGUGUCAACACAUCAAGGUAACUGUCGAAGAAACUUUUGAGCGGAAGGGCUUCUACAGGUCAUUCAAAUUGUUGAAAGACAAGCUUCGCUCCGAAGGGCCGAGCCCCCCAUCUAGUCUUGCUGUCCGAGGGCGAGCAGACUUGGGCAUCGCGGCAAGAUCAGUCACAGAUCGAUUCCUUUUCAUUGGAUUCGCGUUAGGCCCGCCACUGUCACUCCAACGAAGGCAGCAAGUUCGCACUUUAUGGGAUUCAAAUAUCCCAGAGCUGUAUGAACACAUCCCCCGUGAGAAUAGGAAUGCCUGGUGGGCGUGGGCUUGUUCGCUGGACGAAGGCACGUCGUUUUUCGCCGAUGCCUCGGUGAGUACCGCCACAAAGCUCUUAAAGGCUGCGCAAGGACCGGAUGUUUUCCUUCAGCGGCAGAUCUCUAGGAAGUCGCAAGAUUGUCUACGGAAAUGUUCUCAUUUAUCUGUCUCGAUCCGGCAACAGAAGGCUUCUGGGGUAUUGGUGCCUUGGAAUGGUCCUCUUUUGGGAUUGCCAACACAAAUGACGCCCCAAGAAGCCGUGAGCUUGUUUACCUCAAACCUAUGCGAUAAUAUGCGGCCAUCGCAGGUGGCAGAAGCGCAUAAAUUAGCCCAAGGAAGAAUUGUUCCCCAAUAUUUUCGCACUUGGAAUGGGGGCGAAGUCUAUGCUUGGAGAAAUGGUGGCUUUGCCAUCUAUUGGAAAAAUGGCCAGGGGCACGAUAUCACGUUCACCCUACGUCUGCCACUGUCAAAUUUCGAUCCUAGCCCUGCAGUGCGGAAAUACAUCUUUUUCACGCCUCAUGGAAUCGACAUACAAGACGAGACUGGAAAUCCCUACCGGACCAUGGAAGGAACUUUAGGAUCGAAGAACCUAGCCACUUUUCCCGUAUGCCGGCUAAACGACUGCCAGGACAAUACGGCGAUGGGACAGCAACUCAUUGAACUAUGGGAACAAGAGACAACAUUAUCUUGGAAGGCGACGAUUGGUAACAUAGCCUCUUCAAUGAAAAAUGGAAGCCCAAUUGCCCAGAGCCAUUUCGACGGACCGAGCUUAGGGCUGUUGCAUUUGGGGUGGAAGAAAUCAAGCCUGCUUGAACCCUACGACAGCCCCCCUCUUCCAGCAGACGCACUUUGGCUCCUCUGGAUGUGCCUACGGGAAUAUUGGCCAGAAGGGGGUACCUUGUUCAUUGGAGACCCUCUCAAAUGGCCACAUCGCACAGAUAAUUUUUGGAAUAACUUUCGAGACAAGUGGAAGAUGUCGAUAUCACCCCCAAUUCAACCCACUCAGUGCCUGGGCACACGAUUUGGCACAUUCAAGAAAAACCGCUCAAUUGAUACGCAAUCUUGA